AUGCCCACCAUCGCCUUCUUCGGCCCAACUGGCGGAUGUGCCAACGCCUGCCUGGCCUAUACCCUCCGCAAUGGCUACGACGUGAUCGCCCUCGCGCGCACACCCUCCAAACUAACCGCUCAACUCCUUGAACAACCAGGCUUGACCCCCGCCCUGCUCGAAAAACAUUUGCACAUCGUCCAAGGUGACGCGACGGACGUCGACGCCGUGACGCAAACCCUGCUCGUCCACGACGACGGCGCAACCUGCACCCUGGUCUCCAGCAUCAUCUCUGGCAUGGGCGGCACGGGCACUAUGGCCUUCACCAAGCCGUCGCCCUGCGACAAGGUACCCUUGCGCAUGCCGACGCUGCCGCACAUCACCAUCGCAAACCCGCACAUCACGGAGCAGUUCACGCGGACGCUACUCGCGGCGCUGAGGGGGCUGGCGGCGCGGUUCCCCUCAUACGCAGCGUAUAAAGAGGCGUGUCCGCGACUAACGGUGAUCUCGACGACGGGAAUCCGUCGGGGCGUGAAGGACCUGCCGACACUGAUGAAGCCGAUGUAUGCGAUGAUGGGGGUGCCUCAUGCAGACAAAGAGCAGAUGGAAAAGGUGUUGGCGGCGGAGCUGGGGCGCGAGCAGACGCUGCUGUGUCGUGGGCUGGUGAUUGUACGGCCGAGUUUUUUGAGCGGGGAUCACCGAAUUGCGGCCGAGGGUGAGGACUCGGGAUAUGGGCGGUUGAGGGUUGGGACGGAUGGAUCACCGGCGGUUGGAUAUACGGUUGGGCGGCCAUUGAUUGGGCAGUGGAUCUUUGAGGAGAUUGUCAAAAGAGGUGGGGAUCGAUGGGUUGGUGAGGGGGUAAUGUUGACCGAGUAA